GCGCAUCUUAUGUUUAGUUUUCUCCAACCUGAGGAGCUGUCUAGAGAUUUGCUGCCAAUUCUUGUGGUGUUUGGAUAGCAGCAGCGCUGAUUUUUCUCCCUAUUAGCGUCUGUUUUUUGGGGGGAGGGUAUGAAAUAAAAUACGAAACGAGAACGAGAAAGAAGGCUGAAAACAAAAGCAACGGGGGAGUCAAACAACAAGCUCGAAAAGUGCCGACGAGAAUCUCCGGUUCUUUCUCAUCUACAUCACAUCCAUGUUGGCUGCGGCAGCCUUCGCUCUGGUUCCGGAGCUCCGAGCGCCACCGAGGCUUUGUUCUCCCGCGGACAACAUCCGGCUGCGUGGCCUGUGGAAGGACUACCCCACGGCGCGGCUGCCAUCCCUGUGUGUUUCUUGAGGACGCUGGAAAAAUGGCUGCUGAAAAUGCUAUUUGAAAGCGGUCAUGAAUCAAUGCUGAGAGGCCGAACUGCGGAUAAGCUAAACAAGCUAACAGAUGCUAAACACUCAGCUUGCUAAUGCUUUAAAACCGCUUUCACCCAUGCUUGUCUCUUUUGCUGGCUUAUCCCAACAAGAAGUAGGCUGAGGGCUGCACAAUCCAUGCAUGCAGUUUUAAAAACAUUUACUAACCAUUGUUGCUGUUGCUUUGGAUGCUGGAUUUGAAUAUGCAGAACUCGCAAGAAAUAUGCAGAGCCUUUAACUGAAACGUUGCUCCAAGCCGAACUUUCAUCCACCCCUUGUCUUUUAAUCGGUGCCACACCAAAAUGGAUCCUAUCGGGAGAUGUUCGGCUACCUUUGCACCCCAAGUUCGCGGCAUCACGACCACGGCGGUCUGGGUUCUUGUCCACUUGGUUCUGUUCACCCACGCCUCGCCGCCGAAAGGCUGUGACAAGACGUGUCUGUCCGGAAAAUGUCUCAACGGGUCCUGCGUGUGUGACCCCGGAUGGGUGGGAGACCAGUGCCAGCACUGCCAGGGAAGGUUCAAGUUGAACGAACCUUCGGGAUUCCUCACGGACGGUCCCGUCAACUACAAGUACAAAACAAAGUGCACCUGGCUCAUCGAAGGCUAUCCAAACGCGGUUCUUCGCUUGCGGUUCAACCACUUUGCCACAGAAUGCAGUUGGGACCAUAUGUAUGUUUAUGAUGGAGACUCUGUAUACGCUCCCCUCGUUGCCGUUUUCAGCGGUCUCAUUGUACCGGAGGUGCGGGGGAACGAGACGGUUCCUGAGGUGGAGACCACUUCAGGCUAUGCACUACUACACUUUUUCAGCGACGCUGCCUACAACCUGACUGGAUUUGAAAUAUUCUACUCGAUCAACUCGUGUCCCAAUAAUUGCUCUGGCCACGGGAAGUGCACGCCCGGCAACUCAGCAGCCAGCCGCGUGUACUGUGAGUGCGACAAGUACUGGAAGGGUGAGGCCUGCGACAUCCCCUACUGCAGGAACAACUGCGGCAGCCCUGACCACGGCUACUGCGACCUCACCGGCGAGAAGCUGUGCGUUUGCAACGACAGCUGGCAAGGCCCAGACUGCUCCCUCACCGUGCCUUCCACCGAGUCGUUCUGGGUGUUGCCCAGUGUGAAGCCCUUUGGCACGUCACUGGGCCGGGCCUCCCACAAGGCCGUGGUGCAGGACAAGGUCAUGUGGGUGGUGGGCGGCUACACGUUCAACUUCACCUCCUUCCAGAUGAUCCUCAACUACAACCUGGAAAGCGGCAUCUGGAACACGGUGCCCAUCAAUAGUGGCCCUGUGCCCAGAUACAGCCACUCGCUCACCUCCUACCAGGACGACAUCUUCAUGUUCGGCGGGAAGCUGGAGGCCGGCUGGAGUAACGUGACGGAUGAGCUGUGGGUCUUCAACAUCCCCAGUCGGACGUGGCAGCGGAGAACCCCCGUGACAGGCCCGACGGCUCAGGCACAGAUUUAUGCAGUUGAGGGCCAUACGGCGCACUGCGUCGUGCUGGACGCCGGCGAGGUGGUCAUGCUGGUUGUCUUUGGCUACUCGCCCGUCUAUAGCUACAUCAGCAAUGUCCAGGAGUACAAUCUGAGGACCAACACUUGGCUUGUGCCGGAGACCAAAGGCGCCGUCCCCCAGGGGGGUUACGGCCACAGUAGCACGUACGACCGAGCCAGCGGCAGCGUGUACGUCCACGGGGGCUACAAGGCGCUACCCGCUAACAAGUAUGGCCUCGUGGACGACCUCUACCGCUACGACGUCAACAUGCACACAUGGUUCAUCCUGCGUGAGAGUGGCUAUCCUCGCUACCUACACUCCGCCGUCCUCCUCAGCGGCAGCUUACUCAUCUUUGGCGGCAACACACACAACGACACAUCGCUAAGCAACGGUGCCAAGUGCUUCUCGGCGGACUUCCUGGCGUAUGACAUCGCAUGCGACGAGUGGAGGCUCUUGCCAAAGCCCGACCUGCACAGAGACGUCAAUCGCUUUGGACACUCAGCUGUGGUCAGCAAUGGGUCCAUGUUUGUGUUUGGCGGCUUCUCCAGCGUGCUCCUCAACGACGUGAUUGUGUACCGGCCGCCCAGCUGCCAGGCCUUCUCUACAGAGGAGGGGUGCGCUAAAGCCGGGCCUGGGGUCCGCUGCAUCUGGAGCAGAGGCCACUGUCUCCCCUGGGAGGCCAGUAUGAACAGAGAGAGUCUCACCCCUGCUCCAUUUUGCCCAGCAAAAGCAGCCACUAUUGACGAGCGAUGCUACCGCUUCUCUGACUGUGCCAGUUGUACGGCCAACACUAACGGGUGCCAGUGGUGUGACGACAAGAAGUGCAUCUCCGCAUCCAGCAACUGCACUGUGAACGUGAGGAACUUCACGGCAUGCCCUGUACGGAACGAGCAGGUGUGCAGCAAGCUGGCCAACUGCAAGAGCUGCUCGCUGAAUCUCAACUGUCAGUGGGACCAGAACCAGUCGGAGUGCCACGCACUGCCCGCCCAGCAGUGCAGUGAAGGCUGGAGCCUUGUGGGCGAGGCCUGCCUGAGGAUCAACUCCAGCCGCGAGAGCUACGACAACGCCCAGCAUUACUGCAAGAAUCUCCACGGCAACAUCGCCUCGCUCACCACCGCCAACCAGGUGGGCUUUGUUCUCGAGGAGCUGAAGAAGCUUCAGCAGCAAGACAAGCGUUUGUCGCCCUGGGUGGGCCUGAGGAAGAUCAACGUGUCGUACUGGGGCUGGGAGGACAUGUCGCCUUUCACCAACAGCAGCCUGCGUUGGCUGCCCGGCGAGCCCAGCGACUCUGGUUUCUGCGCCUACCUGGAGGAGCCGCAGGUGUCAGGCCUCAGGGCCAACCCAUGCACCGCCACCGCACAUGGCCUCAUCUGUGAAAAAGCCACAGGAAACCCCAAUCAGAGCUCCCGCCCGCCCUGCAAGAAGUCAUGCUCGCUGCACACAACCUGUGCCAACUGCACCGGGCAGGCCAUGGAGUGCAUGUGGUGCAGCAGUGCACAGCGCUGUGUCGACUCCACCGCCUAUGUCAUCUCCUUCCCCUAUGGCCAGUGUCUGGAGUGGCAGACGGGAGACUGUGUGGCCCAGAACUGCUCAGGCCUGCGAACGUGCAGCCAGUGCUUGCAGCAGCCCGAGUGCGGCUGGUGCAGCGACCCAAGUAGCACCGGAAAGGGUCUGUGUACGGAGGGUUCCUACAGGGGGCCCAUGAAGAGGCUGCCUAAGCAGGGCCAGUCCCAGGACUUGAUCCUGGAGCCGGGCAUCUGCCCCAAAGACAAAGGCUACGAGUGGACCUUCAUCCACUGCCCCGCAUGCCAGUGUAAUGGCCACAGCACGUGCGUGAAUGGCAGCGUGUGCGAGCAGUGUCGUAACCUCACCACUGGCCCCCACUGUCAGACCUGCAUGGCCGGUUACCAUGGAGACCCAACCAAUGGCGGAAAAUGCCAGGCCUGUAAGUGCAACGGACAUGCAAGUGUGUGCCAGGUGCUAACUGGCAAGUGCUUCUGCACCACCAAGGGCAUCAAAGGGGACCAGUGCCAGCUGUGUGACUCAGAAAACCGUUACCUUGGCAAUCCACUCAGGGGGACAUGUUAUUACAAUCUGCUGAUCGACUACCAGUUCACCUUUAGCCUCAUCCAGGAAGAUGAUAACCACUACACCGCCAUCAACUUCAUGGCCUCACCUGAGCAGGCCAAUAAGAACUUGGACAUGUCCAUCAAUGCAUCCAACAACUUCAACCUCAAUAUCACCUGGUCUGUGGGAUCUACAGCUGGAACCAUCUCUGGCGAAGAGGUGCCCAUCGUGUCCAAGAGCAACAUCAAGGAAUACCAAGACAGCUUCUCCUCUGAGAAGUUCACCUUCAGAAGCAACCCCAACAUAACCUUUUACGUCUACGUCAGUAACUUCUCAUGGCCCAUCAAGAUCCAGAUCGCAUUUUCCCAACACAACAGCAUCAUGGACCUUGUACAGUUCUUUGUGACAUUUUUCAGUUGUUUCCUGUCGCUUCUCCUGGUAGCGGCGGUGGUGUGGAAGAUCAAACAGACCUGCUGGGCUUCACGGCGGCGAGAACAACUAAUGAGAGAGCGUCAACAAAUGGCCAGUCGUCCGUUUGCUUCAGUUGCUGUUGCACUGGACGCCAGAGGAGGAGAACAUACAGAAAUGCUGCAGCCACUGGUCGAUGGCGCACCUAAACCUGUCGCCAUGGAGCCAUGUUCUGGAGGGAAGGCCGCGGUGUUGACGGUCCUGAUUCGUCUGCCGUCAGGGCCUACCAAUUUGCCUCCGCCCGGACAGUCAGGCCUCAUCGUGGCCAGCGCACUGAUCGACGUCUCCCAGCAGAAAGCGGCUGACUUCAAGGAGAAGUCACAGGCUUUAAAGAACCGAAAGGCGCUCCCUCCGGCACACCAAGGCACCUGUGUCUGAGCGUCGCCUUCAGCUCUCCACAGCUCCCACCCGCCGCAGGAUUCCCGGGUGGACGACGACGUUCUCUGACACGAGAGGCGUCCACACGGGGGAGAAGAGUUACGUUUCAGGGGGGUACAAAGACAAGAAGCCCCUAUGCACAACAACCCUCAAAGGACCUGCAGGACCCAAAAAUGACUUGAUCCUUUUUGCACCUCACUUCAUGUGUUUAUUUGGAUGCCUCCUUGUUCGUUUGUUCAGCAUGAGGGGAAAAGCUUAUUGCUAUGCAGUUAAAGUUAAAGCUGUCCGAUGCCUGAUACAUGCUGCCUAUUGGUUAUAUCCUUUUUGUUUUGUUGUUGAUGUUGUUGUUGUCUCACGGUGCUGAAAGAUUCACUGGUUUUAUUGCCUGAAGGAACUCGCACUGCUCACUAAUCACGCAACGUUUGGAAAAUGCCCAUGUCUCUUUUUAGCAUUAGCCAGCUGAAGCUAACCGCCUUUGGGAGAUGACGGAAAAAACUGGAAAAUCUCAAGACGAAUCCUCAGUGUUCUUGUGCUAGGACGGAUGGGAGGAAGAGAGUUAAGGACUCCUCUGGCAUUUGUUUUGUAUGUUCUCUGACUUUAUUUCUAUGCGUGACAACAUCCAGUUACCUUUUGUAAUGCCUUGCCCAACUUUCAAAGCUGUUUUUAUCCCUGCCUGAGCUGUACAGUGUUUUGCUUUGCAACAAAUUUGACUCACUCUCCUCUCUUGUCAGCUUUCUACCACAGAUCAGGCUCUUUUUUGCAUUUAUUCAAAGCCUAUUAUAUUUACCAUAAAUUGUUAAGUCACUUUUGUUACACUUGUGAAAAGUAUUGUUUUGAUAUUUAACAGAUUCCUGUGUAAUAGCACAUUUAACUGAAUUUUUAUAUAUUUUUUGAACUCCUUCAGGACUGUAUGGGCAUUGCUUGUUCUUGUUGUUGUUGCAAAGUGGUCAUUUUUGUUGCAUCUCUUAAAGCAUCGUAUGUAAGCUAACAUGUUCCUUAUUGUGUUUUUUUGUGUGCAGUAGUCCGAUGACAGUGUUAUUACACAGGAAUCAGGUCUCGCGGGGGGAAAAAAACAAGAUACGAGAGACUGCCUGUCGGUAAUUGUCAGUGUAUUUUAAGGAUGAACAACAUGACGAAAUAUUAAAACAAAUGA